AUGUCCACCGAGGCCGGGCUUGCCAGCACACCUAUUGCCGCUGGUGACGAUUCAUAUGGCUUCGUGUCCAACUCUAGCCGGGAUGUCGUGACAACGACGACAGAGAAACCUGCUGUCAAUGAUUAUGAGAAGUCUGCCAAGCAUGUAACAGAUAAUGAGAAGCACGCCCAACCAGACUCGGCCAAGCAGACGCAGGAGCAGGAGCAAACGCCAGCCGCUCCGGAUGGCCAAUUCUAUCGUACAGCGUCCACCGUGGCGCCAUCCCACCGGUCUGGUCACACAGAUCCCGUCAGUCGAGUUACGACAGACGCAGAGGGCAACAUUUACCCCGAAGGUGGAACCGAGGCCUGGCUAGUGGUACUGGGUAGCUUCCUGGGACUUUUUGGAUCUCUCGGACUCGUCAACACGAUUGGCACAUUCCAGGCCUAUAUCGAGAGCCAUCAGCUGAAAGACUACAGCUCUGGCAGCAUCGGAUGGAUCUUCGGAAUGUAUGCCUUCUUGACUUUCUUUUGCGGUGUGCAAAUCGGCCCCAUUUUUGAUGCACGCGGCCCUCGCCUUCUCGUCCUCGCCGGUUCAAUCUGCGAAAUGGCCAUGAUCAUUCUUCUUGGCUUCUGUACCAAAUACUGGCACUUUAUGCUUGUGAUUGGUGUGUUGGGCGGCGUCGGUGCUUCGCUGAUCUUCACUCCGGCCAUCUCGGCCAUUGGUCAUUUCUUCUACGUAAAGCGUGGAGUCGCAACUGGAAUGGCUGCAACCGGUGGCUCCAUCGGUGGGAUUGCAUUCCCUCUCAUUCUGGAGUCUCUCUUCCCCAAAAUCGGAUGGGCCUGGGCUACUCGAGUGGUGGCCCUGAUCUGCCUGAUUGCUUUUGGAUUCGCCAACCUCCUGAUCAGAUCGCGAUUGCCGCAAAAGCCCUUCUCCAAGGAGAACGUCCUCCCAGAUUUCCGCAUCUUCCGCGAUUCCCGAUUUGCAUUGACUACCGCCAGCGUCUUCUUCAUUGAAUGGGGUCUUUUCGUCCCAAUCAGUUAUAUCUCUUCCUAUGCCCUAGAUCACGGCUUUUCUACCCAUUUUUCCUACCAGAUACUUGCCAUUCUGAAUGUAGGCUCGUUCUUCGGCAGAUGGCUUCCGGGAUUCUUCGCAGAUUUCCUAGGCCGGUUCAACACCCUAAUCGCUACCGUGGCCCUGUGCCUACUGUGCAACGCGUGUUUGUGGCUUCCCGCCGGAAGCAGCUUGGCCUUGCUGGUGGUUUACGCCUUGCUUUUCGGAUUCUCCAGCGGUAGCAACAUCAGCUUGACGCCCGUCUGUGUCGGACAGCUUUGCAAGACUGAGAACUACGGCCGGUAUUACGCAACCGCCUACACGAUUGUGAGCUUCGGUACCCUUACCGGAAUACCCAUUGCUGGUGAGAUUCUGGCUCGCUGCAAUGGCCAGUAUUGGGGUCUUAUUGCUUUUACUACGAUCUGUUACGCGGCCGGUCUAGUCUGCUGCACGGCCGUUAAGGUCAUUCAGGUUGGCUGGCGUAGCCCUUUGGCUGUCUACUAG